AUGUUACAGAAGGCUUACGGUGAAUCGACUUUAUCAAAAACAUGUGCAUAUGAGUGGAAGGCAAGAUCGAGUUCAAGAACGUAUUUUUGCGCUACACGCCCCGCUGGAGGCGCCGGACUUAAAAAUCUCAACUUCGUUAUCUUUCCGCGGGAGAAAAUUGGCAUCGUUGGUAGAACCGGCGCUGGCAAGUCAUUCUUAAUCCAGGCGCUCUUCCGCCUGUCCGACAUGGACAGUCUGACUGAGAUCGAUGAAGUCGACACAAGCCAGAUAGGCUUGCACGAUUUGCGCUCCAAGAUCAGUAUUAUCCCUCCAGAACCGUUCCUGUUAUCUGGCAGCCUGAGAUGGAACCUCGAUCCGUUCGACUCGUAUAUGGACGAACCACUGUGGCGGGCUCUUGAGGAGGUCGAGUUGAAGGAGAUGGGCUUGGAAGCCCACAUCAAUGAGGGCGGCUCCAAUCUUAGGGUCGGCCAACGGCAAUUGGUCUGCUUGGCACGAGCUAUUGUGAGGAACAAUCCAUUACUUGUGCUGGACGAGGCGACCGCGAAUGUGGACCCGCGUACAGACGAACUCAUCCAGACAACUAUCAGGAAAAAAUUCGAGAAGUGUACAGUGCUAACAAUUGCUAAUCGACUCAACACCGUUAUGGACAGCGAUCGUAUCUUGGUGAUGGACGCCGGUGAAAAAACCCUUCACGAUCAUCCUCACAUGUUGUUGCAAAAAGACACGGGCUACCUGAAGAGCAUAGUGCAGGAGACCGGCAUGGUGAUGGCGGAGGUUCUGGCUUCCGUCGCCCAUAACUGCUAUCAGAAUCGUGGAUUUACGGCGUUUUGA